GCAUCUGGACCUGAAAGAGGAGGUAGACACUGAAAGGGAGAGAAGAGAAGAGCAACGGAUACGAUGAAGCUGCAAAGUGCCCUUUUGGUAAUCUUCCUUCUUAGGUCAAGCCUUGCUCUGCCAGUUCAGAUUGGAAUUAUUGCAAGCAACAGCAAUGAGAUCCUGAGACUGAAUGGAUUGACUCUUGCAGCUCUUGGACAAACACAGGGCUCAAUAUUACCCCAGUAUGUUCUGCAGCAGCAAACACCGGACGUCUUGCUCACCCCACAGUUAUUGAAUUUGAACCCACAACUGGGAGGUCCUUUUGGUCCCCAGGGGCCACAGCUGCUGCUUCCCAACCAAGGCAACCCGCUAACACCCAUGCUUGUCCCUAACGGGCAGCAAGAGCAGCUUGGACCAGCACAAGACCCCAACAAUCCCAACGGUCCUCAGCAAGCCCAGAACCCAGUCCAGAUGUAUCCACAGUUUCAGUAUCCAUCUUUUGGAUUCCCACAGCUUCACAGACAGCAGGGCUACUCUUACUUUGUACCCCGGUAUGGCUAUGCCCAGCAGAGGAACACUGCGGUUCUGCCCAACAAUGGACAGCAGAAACUGGAAAGAACCACACAAAGACCCCAACUCCCACUGCAGCAGGGCUCUAAGCUACAGACAGAAAAGACAUGGCCAGCAGGGGCUAAGAAAGAGUCCACCACUGUUCCCCCUGAUCCCCGCGGUGAUGCAACUGGUCCUGGGACUGAUGAGGGUAAUGGCAGCUUUCCCUUCCUGUUUGAGCCGUAGACGUUAGGAGGAAAAACGAAGCAUCACUGCUGAGGGGAAAAGGCCUGGGGGAAUACUUGCCACAACUUAACUGAAGCUUUGACUACAUUUUAAAUAAAUAAAUAACCAAAUGAAUAUACAAAUAAUUUUGUCAAAUGAAAUUAUUUAAUUGAAUGUGAAUCUUAUUGAUUUUGCAUCUGUCUCAAAUUUCAAUUCUAAUAAUAUUGUCAUCAGAAAUAUGGUAUAGUACAAAAUAAUUGGAUAAGUAAAUAAAAAAAAUCCUGCCAACCCGUAAAAGGUAGUGCUGCCACUUCAUAUAUUUCUUUCAAUUAAGUUUAUUACUAGGAUUUUGUGUUGCAAAUGUCACAACAAUUACUGUUAGCACUUCUUCAAAACAACAUUUAAAGGCAUGAAAAGUGGACAUUAAUGCCUCUAAUGAACAUGUUGAACUCCAACAGACAGUUUGUUCAAUUUAACUUCUCUUUUCACCAAGUUACUCAAAAGUAGAGACCAGUAACUUGAUUUUUUUCCAAUUUAUUGAAUUAAAGAUUUUUAACAAUGAACUGGACAUUAAAUUUCUUUAAAGUGACCUUUAAUUAAUUUUGUUUUCUUGUAUUAAACAAAGUUGCACUUUCAGUGAUGCUUUUACUAAAGGCACUGGAGGGGACACCAAUUAUAUUGUUUUUUAAAAAUAAUAUUACAUAUAAUUUAAGAUUCAGAAUUUUGCCUUGUUCUGUACUUGAAAAAAAAAAAAAAUUUAAAAAAA